GCAACCGGUUCAGUAAACGCGCACCUCGCGAUUCUGCUGGAGUGGAGCAGAAAGUAGCGUCACUUUCUUCAUCGUCACAAGGAACAGAACCAGAGUGACAGCUUUCAAACGUCCAGGUCUUCGUUUACAAUGUCGUUUCAAACACUUAUUGAAUAGACAUAACAAUUUUUUUAGUUAUUCUUCUACUUUGAUUCGAUUGUCGAGCGCGGAGAUGAAGUACUGGCGACAGUGCGCAUUGUGGCUGAUAAAGUGCAAGGUGCUUCCUCAGACCCAUCGGGUAACCGGGGACAGUGCCCAGGUAUUUGACUUGGCUCAGACGCUCCGGGACGGGGUGCUGCUCUGUCAGCUGCUCAACAACUUGAAACCACACACCAUCAACCUGAAGGAGAUUAACCUUAGACCACAGAUGUCUCAGUUCCUCUGCUUGAAGAAUAUCCGGACCUUCCUGAAUUCCUGCUGUGAGGUGUUUGGGAUGAAGAAGACUGAUCUGUUCGAGGCCUUCGAUCUGUUUGAUGUCCGGGACUUUGGAAAGCCACCCAGGGGAGACUCAUCGAGUCCUCGUGACAGAAGGAGUCGACAGCACGAGGCGAUGUCUCCCUCCGCUGAACGUGCCGUGAAGGUUCAGAGCCCGACGGGCUCUCCGGAGAGGAAUAAUUGA